AUGAGGGUGGAGGUGGAUCAAAGAAUCCGAUUGGUUUUGGCCUCUCUCCCUCUCUCCCUCUCUCCCUCUCUGUCUCUCUCUGUCUCUCUAUCUCUCUCUAUCUCUCUCUUCCUGACUCAGUACAUCGAGUCACCAGACGUGGAGAAGGAAGUGAAGCGGCUGCUGAGCACCGACGCCGAGGCUGUCAGUGUCCGGUGGGAGGUGAUCGCGGAGGACGAGACGAAGGAGGUUGAGAACCAGGGCUCGCUGCCCAACCUGGACAGCUCCUCACCCGGCUCAUCCGGACACAAACAGGGGCACACCUCUGCAGUGGAGCGUGAUGAGCUGCGGGAGAUGUUUAACGACAUCAGCAGCAGCAGCAGCAGUGAGGAUGAGGGGGAACGUCACGAGGACGAUGACCUCAACGUCCUCGACUCCGAGGAGGAGACUGGGCGGCCCCACACCCUGGAGCCGGGACCCCCAGGCCCACAACCGGUGGUGGAGCUGCAGUAUGAGGUGGAGGGGCUGCGACAGAAGCUACAACUGACACAGGAGAAGAGGAAGCGACAGGAGGACCUGAUCAUGAAGGUGGAGAACCUGGCGCUCAAGAACCGCCUGCAGGCCGUGGUUGAUGAGAUCAAACAGCAGGAAGACAAAGAGAAGAUACAGCUGGCAUCCCUGGAGGCCCAGCUGGACACCAUGCUGACCAAGUGACUCCAACCGUCCCCGCCUGCGGCCGGGCUCAGCGCCGUGCGGCGUGGUGUAGCUCAGACUGGAGGCUUGGCCCGGCGUGGCGUGGCGCAGCUCAGACUGCCUUGGCUCGGUGUGGCGUGGCGUGGCGUGACGGCGCGGACAUGUGUACAUAUGUCAGGGUAAAGGAACAAUAAACGUAUGUGGACAACA